GCAUCCAUUACCAGUAUAUAAAGCCCAGACGGAGAGAAAUCGUUCCUUUUUCUCCGGCUUUUCUAGGGUUAUCAGGGAGCUGCUCAAAGCAGGGUGUAAGCUACCAUCAUGGGGAAGGAAAAGAUACAUAUCAACAUCGUUGUCAUCGGUCAUGUCGACUCUGGCAAGUCAACUACCACCGGCCACCUCAUUUACAAGUGUGGCGGCAUUGACAAGAGAACCAUCGAGAAAUUCGAGAAAGAAGCUGCUGAGAUGGGCAAAGGCUCCUUCAAGUAUGCUUGGGUGCUGGACAAACUGAAGGCUGAGCGUGAGCGUGGUAUCACCAUUGACAUCUCUCUCUGGAAGUUUGAGACCAGCAAGUACUACGUCACAAUUAUUGAUGCCCCUGGACACAGAGACUUCAUCAAGAACAUGAUCACUGGCACAUCCCAGGCUGACUGUGCUGUGCUGAUUGUUGCUGCCGGUGUGGGUGAGUUCGAGGCCGGUAUCUCCAAGAACGGUCAGACCCGUGAGCACGCUCUUCUUGCAUACACCCUGGGUGUGAAACAGCUCAUCGUUGGAAUCAACAAAAUGGACUCCACCGAGCCCCCCUACAGCCAGAAGCGUUACGAGGAGAUCACCAAGGAAGUCAGCACUUACAUCAAGAAGAUCGGUUACAACCCUGCCACCGUUGCCUUUGUGCCCAUCUCCGGUUGGAACGGAGACAACAUGCUGGAGGCCAGCAGCAACAUGACCUGGUUUAAAGGCUGGAAAAUCGAGCGUAAGGAGGGAGGUGCCUCUGGUGUCACCCUGCUGGAGGCCCUGGACUCCAUCCUGCCCCCAUCCCGCCCCACUGACAAGCCCCUGCGACUCCCCCUGCAGGACGUCUACAAGAUCGGAGGUAUUGGAACCGUACCCGUGGGUCGUGUGGAGACUGGUACCCUGAAGCCUGGUAUGAUUGUGACCUUUGCCCCUGCUAACGUCACCACUGAGGUGAAGUCUGUUGAGAUGCAUCACGAAUCUCUCACUGAGGCUCUGCCUGGUGACAAUGUUGGCUUCAAUGUCAAGAACAUUUCAGUCAAAGAUAUUCGUCGUGGCAACGUUGCUGGAGACAGCAAGAACGACCCCCCUAUGGAGACUGGUAACUUCACUGCUCAGGUCAUCAUCCUGAACCACCCUGGCCAGAUCAGCGCUGGAUAUGCCCCUGUGCUGGAUUGCCACACUGCUCACAUUGCCUGCAAAUUCGCUGAGCUGAAGGAGAAGAUUGACCGUCGUUCUGGCAAGAAGGUUGAGGAUAACCCCAAGGCACUGAAGUCUGGUGAUGCCGCCAUCAUCUUGAUGGUCCCUGGAAAGGCUAUGUGUGUGGAGAGCUUCUCCAAGUACCCACCCCUUGGUCGUUUUGCCGUGCGUGACAUGAGGCAGACCGUUGCUGUCGGUGUCAUCAAGGCUGUGGAAAAGAAGGCACCUGGAGGAGGCAAGGUCACCAAGUCUGCUCAGAAGGCCGCCAAGGUCAAAUGAACCCGUACGCCGGACCUGGGACAAGUGGCAUCCGGGACACCCCAUCCCGUACUUUUACAGAGCCUCAGCUCUCUGCUCAAGGACUGGCUAAUGCUGAUAAAAACCCAUCGCAAAAGUUUUCGGAGGAAAGGAGCCAGAAAAGCUCUUUUUCUAAGUGCUUUAGUAUGGAAAAAAUAAACAAGGAAUGAUUUCUCACCAA